CUAAAUCUGACUGCCGACGGACGUAUGUCAAAACACAAACACAAAUUAUAUGCAAGAUGUAUUUGCCGCUGACAUCAGUACGAAAACGAGUCACAUAACUGAACCUAAAGGAGUGUAAAUAAACUAUGUUCUCUGAAUCUCUAUUAUAAUUAAGUCUCUCAAUUAAGUACUAUUUUUGCAGUAUAUUGAAUACAUUGUGUUUUUUUAAUACAUCGUGUAACAUUCAAUAUAAUGAAAAUCUACAAAAUAAGUAGACGUAGUUUUUUCAUCGCUAUAUAACUUUAUCAUCUAACCCCUUAUUGCUUAUAAAAUGUAUAAGAUGAAUGCGCGUUUCAGGCGACAGACUCCUCGAUAUACCAUGCAACGUGUGCGGGGACAGAAGCUCCGGAAAACAUUACGGCAUUUACAGCUGUGACGGAUGUUCGGGUUUCUUCAAGAGAUCGAUCCACCGGAACCGCGUGUACACAUGUAAAGCCGGCGGUGAGAUGAAAGGCCGUUGUCCUGUGGACAAGACUCAUCGCAACCAGUGCCGCGCCUGCAGGCUCGCCAAAUGCUUCCAGGCCAACAUGAAUAAGGAUGCGGUACAGCACGAGCGAGGGCCUCGUAAGCCGAAAUUGCACGCGAGCUCCUUGAGCUCUCUCCAGGCCCCGACGCUUACUCAUGCCCAUAAGCCCCACGCUUUGAAGCUAUCCCCACCCUCACCGUACGCGCCACUACCGCAACCAUUUAAUUUUCAAUUCAGUAUAAGCGGUAUGAACGAGCCGGCUCCGCUGAGCACUGCAUCGUCGGCGGGCUCUAGCGGCGCGGGUGGAGCAGGUGCACAUAGCCCUUUGCCGCUCAUCCCGGAGCCAUUCCUGGCGCCUCCACCGCCUGGCCUCCUGCACAUCCUCAUGUCCACGGACAAAUGUCAAGAACUGAUGUGGAGCGCAAAACAAUUGCAGCUUCAAGGAGAUCCUACAGUACUACGGCCGCCGCCUAGCGCUCUCGGAACACCUUUGGCACCAACCUGGGAACUUUUACAGGAAACCAGCGCCCGAUUGUUGUUCAUGGCUGUGCGUUGGGUGCGAUGUCUGGCCCCCUUCCAAGCGCUGGCACCAUGUGACCAGUUGGUGCUGCUGCGUGCCGCGUGGAAGGACUUGUUCCUAUUGCACUUGGCGCAGUGGUCCGCGCCCUGGGACCUGGCUCCGCUACUCACUGCUCCAACAGCGAGGGCGCGAUUACCGCCGGAUCCGUUAGCUGAUUUAGAACUCAAUACUUUACAGGAAAUAUUGUGUCGAUUCCGACAAAUUGCGCCCGACGGCAGCGAAUGCGGUUGCAUGAAGGCUAUUGUACUGUUUUCACCAGACACGCCUGGUUUGAGUGAAACUCAACCAGUAGAGAUGUUGCAAGAUCAGGCCCAGUGCAUUCUUGCGGACUACGUGCGCACCAGGUACACCAGGCAGCCGACCAGGUUCGGGCGACUCCUUCUGUUACUCCCUUCACUGCGUGCAGUGAGGGCGCGGUCCGUGGAAUUGCUGCUGUUCCGAGACACAGUAGGAGACGUGUCUGUCGCCACGCUCCUUCACGACAUGUACCGCAUGCAGCCGGCGCCCGCACCACCGUUCGCCGCCCCACCCACCUCAACCGAACAUUGUGCAUCCCCGUAAACAUAAUGUUGUCACCUGUAUUAUAUUAAAUUAUAUAGCUGCUCAACAUUUUUAUAAUGCAGCUCACAUAUCGACUACUAAUGACCGUUAGCACCAAUUCACAUCAGUGUUAUUACCUUAUAACUUCUCUGCCUAUAAAAGUUUAAAUUUAAUGUGUUUUAAUCGAUUAUGUAGGUUUCGUUAUUCCUAAUUGAACAUAAAAGUACCCACCUAAGGUUGAAUAUACAACCAAAAAACUAUCAUUGUAAUAUUUAUUAAUACGGGUAGUUAAAAUUUUGUAAAAAAAAUCGUCUGAAAUUUUAAAACUUUUUCAUUAAUAUUUAGGGGCAAUCAUAAUACAGUUUACAGAAAAAUUUGAUGAACGAUUUGUAAAUAGAACAUAAACUAGUCAAAUAAUCUUGUGCAUUCAGAUCUAUUCUAGUCAACUAAAAAUAUAUAAUUUAUAUUAUUAUUGUAAAUGUUAAAUGUUAUUGU